AUGGUUGUAAUCUACUUACUCCUGCUGGUCACUGUCGUUGCUUCCACGGAACAUUCCGGGGCCUACUCAUCACCGCAAUACGCAAAGAAGAUGUAUCCUAAGAACUACGACUCCAGUGCCUUUUUACCUAAAGAAACGCAAGCGACCGCCUUCAAGACUCCAGAAGUAGUCAGCAGAUACGAUGUCGACACCAAUGAUACUUCUAGCUACGGAAGAUCCUCGUUCCUCGAUACUGCUGGAAAUUUCCUGAGCGGGACUGGAGGUCAAGUCAUGUCAAGCCUAGCUAAAGACUUCAUAGCCAGGUCCACUGGGAGUAGCCAGGUCCUAAGUUUAAAUUUGACAAACUUAGUGAUACUCAUCGUACUCAAAGCGUUGAUAUUAGCUGCGGGUUUCUUCGGUGCCGGCGCUUGGAAAGGGAACUACUACGCAAGGAGUUUAGACGAUAACAAAAAUGUUACGUAUCUGACGGAAGAUGAAAUUAUGUUAUACCUGAGCUACCUCGCCGGGCAGCAGAGCCAAGACUACGGUUGCCUCUACCGGUUGUCUUGUCAGAAACCUCAACAAGCGGCCCUGUACUCAUCUGGUGCAGAACUUUUGUUGGAAGGAACUAAAUUAUUUCAAGGUAACCGCGUCGACUUGGAGCCCUACGAUGACAUUUCGAACGGGAUCAAAGAGGCUGUAGCUUGGGGCGAGCGCGGGCUGCCCUGCCAGACGCGCUACAAAUGCACAUAGCGCUUCUUGGUAGCCUAGACCUAUAAGACAAAUAUAAUAAA